AUGACGAAAAAGUGUUCAACAGUUUCACGCAUUUCCAAUCUCAAGGGCCAUGCCAACAAGAAGCUCAAAGUUGACAAUUUUGGUGAUAAAGGGGGAGGAAAAGAAAAUACGAGCCAACAAGCCUGGUCACCCAAAUUACAAGAGGUCGAAGACGAGGAUGCACCAUCCCUCCCUCCUGCUAGUCCAUCUCCUCCAAAGCAGCAUCAACCAUGGGCCCUUACAGUGGAGGAAGUGGAUGAUGAGGAUGCUUUGUUCAAAGGAGAGAAGGGAACAAAUGCAGACUCCAGGGAAGAAUCAGAUGAUAAGAAUGAUGGGAAUGAUGGCAUCCAUGACAAACACACCAAAUUUAAACAAUCAUUCACACCACCACCCACAACUUCUGAUGCAAAGGCUGCACUGGCAGAUGCUACUUAG